AGUUUGCCUUCCCGUUCUUUAAUUUCCCCUUCCACUGUACUGGUAAACAUUCUCUUGCUUUCUCUUUCCUUCAAAAAUUUCCAAAAACACGAACUCUUCCAUUUUCAUUCCAUUCUCAAACUAAUUAAUUCGUUUCACUUCCUCUGUUUCUCUUUUUGAACUCCUUUUCAGAACCAAAAUAACACCGUCACUUUUUUCACCCUGAUCCUGUCAACAAAAUCCUCUUGCUCUUCAAUUUUCCUGGGUUUAGCCUCUACGCUCUUCUGUCCUGCUUUGCUCUCUCUACACUUGAUUGAUUUGUGCUCCUACUCGCUGUUUUUCUGCCCAAAAAGCCAAACAAAAGAAAGCUUUCUCACUUCUAUUAUCUCAAACAAAUCAUUGUUCACCUCCUGUUUUCACUAUUUGAUUUGCUUCUCUCUACUUUUGUUACCCUUUUUUUUUUUUUUUCUUUUUUGUCCAUAUUUAUUUCUAAAAUCUCCAAAAAGAAAAAAUAGAAAAAAAAGAAUUAGAAGAUGGCCGAGGCUUUUGGUAUUGCUGUGGCUGAGAAUGCUGCUGGAACUGUUGCUGGGAGCUGGAUUGAUCGGAGUUUGAAGCGAAUCUUAAAUCCAAUCAUUCUUGUCGUCAAUUGGAAGGCUAAUGUUGAGAAUCUGAAGAAACAAGUUGCAGAGCUCAAGGAAGAAGUACAGAGAGUGGAGCACCAAACUCAAGCUGCUGAAAGAAGAGGGGAAGAAAUCGAACAGAUGCUCAAGACUUGGUUGACUAAGACAAGCAAGUUCAUUGAAGCGGAAAACACAGUAGAGGAUGAUGAAGAAAAACCAAGGAAGAAGUGUUUCUUUGGGAUAUGUAUUAAUCCCCUGUCUCGUUACAGACUCAGUAAGCAGUCGGUAGAGGAUUCCAAGGAUGUUGCUGAUCUUCUGCGAAAAGCAUGUGGAUUCAACCUUCCAAUUUCCUACUAUCCUAUUCCACAACAGGAGGUGGCUGCGCCUGUCAAGGGUUUUCAGGAUUUUGACUCAAGAAUGAAAGUUUUGGACGAGAUCAUGGAAGCAUUGAAGAGUCCAAACAUCAACGGAAUAGGAGUGCAUGGGAUGCCAGGUGUAGGGAAGACGAUGCUGCUCAAAGAAGUUAAAAGAAAAGCCGAGCAAGAGAAGUUGUUUGAUGUUGUAGUUAUGGCUCCUGUGACAGAGCAUCCUGACUUGAGAAAAAUUCAAGACGAAAUAGCAUAUGGGUUGGGUCUAGAGCUUCCUGCUGGGAUUGGUGAUCGGAGCAUUGCUGUCCGAAUUAAAGAAAGAAUUUUGAAAAAGAGAAAGGUUCUUGUGGUGUUGGACGACCUUUGGGAUAGACUAGAUUUGGAGGCGGUUGGAAUUCCCUUCGAAGAUCAACAGAAAGAGAUUGUUGAACCUAGCUCAUCUUCUGCAAAAGAUCAACAGAAAGAGAUUGUUGAAACUAGCUCAUCUUCUGCAAAAGAUCAACAAAUGGAAUGCAAGAUCUUAUUGUCAUCUAGACUGCUUAACGUUCUCACAGAUAAAAUGGUCACUCAUAAGAAGGUUGCAGUUGGUCAAUUGGAGGAUCAAGAAGCAUGGCAAAUGUUUAAGAAGAUAGUUGGUGACAGGCCUGAAAGUAGUGAAUUACAGCCUACAGGCAUUGAGAUUGUCCGAAGAUGUGGAGGAUUACCUGUAGCUAUUGCAGCCCUUGCAGAAGCUUUGAAAAAUAAGAGUUCGUACAAAUGGAGGAGUGCUCUACAAAAACUAAGAGAUCCCUCGCCAAGCAACUGCACCGGUAUACAUGCUGGAGUUCAUGCUGCUAUUGAGAUAAGUUACAAUCAUUUGGGAAGUCAAGACCUUAAGCAAGCUUUCUUACUUUCAAGUUUGAUGGGUCGCAAUGUUUCAAUUCAAGACUUGUUGAAGUAUGGCCUAGGCUUAGGCAUAUUUUCACAAGCUUACACCAUAGAGGAAGCACGGUAUGAAGUAUUAACAUUGAUAAGUAAUCUGAAAGAUUCUUCUUUGUUGAUGGAUGGUUCUAACAGUGAGCGCUUUGGUAUGCAUGAUAUUAUUCGUAGUGUAGCUAUAUCAAUCGCCUGCAGGGAUCGUCAUGUGUUGUUCUCAACAGGUGAUCAUGUCCCGAAGUGGUCAGACAAGGAGGCAAUGAAAGAUUUCAAAUGGAUUAGUCUGGAAUAUGCUAAUGUUAAUGAGCUUCCUGAUGAGUUAGAAAGUCCUCAGCUUACUUUAUUUUGUUUGUGUAAUGAGGGUCAUUCUCUUGGAAUUCCAGCAAACUUUUUCAAGGGAAUGCAAAGUCUCAAGGUAUUGGAUUUGACUAGUGUGAAUAUGUCAUCCAUGCCUCCAUCAAUUUGUCUUCUAAAAAACCUCCACACACUUUGUUUGGAUCAAAGCUUGUUGGGAGACAUAGCUAUUAUUGGAGAGCUAAAGAAUUUAGAAGUUCUUAGCCUUUUGAAGUCUGAUAUUGAAAAGCUGCCAAGAGAAAUUGGGCAAUUGACUAAGCUAAAGUUGUUAGAUUUGAGUAACUGCAUCAAGCUCAAAGUAAUUCCCCCAGGAGUCUUGGCAUGUCUGUCUAGAUUAGAAGAAUUGUAUUUGGGAAGUAGCUUCGACAGAUGGGAGCAUGAGGAGCACGAAAAUCAAGAAAAUGCUAGCGUUGCUGAGUUGAAGCAUUUGAAGGAAUUGACUGCUUUAGAGGUACGCAUUCCUGAUGCUCAGAUGAUCCCAAUAGGCUUGUUCUCUGAAAAAUUAACAAGACAUAAGAUAUUCCUAGGAUAUGAGUGGAACAACUGGACUAGUUCUUUUGAAAGCUCUAGAAUAGUGAAGCUGCAGUUGAAGGCAUACAUCAAUUUUGACUAUUCAAUUAAACGGAUGUUGAAGAUGACCGAAGAGCUACAUCUAGAGGAGUUGAAUGGUGUGAAUAAUGUGGUUGAUGAGUUCAAUAGUGAAGGUUUUAAACAUUUGAAGUACCUCGAUGUUCGUAAUGCUGCAGAGGUUCAACAGAUCGUUAAAUCAGAAGAGGGGGUUCCUUUCAAUGCAUUUUCCAGCUUGGAAAAUUUGUUCUCCUGCUCUGUAGCCCAACAACUUCUGCAACUCCGACGUAUUACAGCAACAGAUUGCAGCAACAUGGAAGAGAUAGUUGAUAAUGAGGAGGAAGGGAACGGAAAUGCUAUUGUUGAAGCAACUGAAGGAGUUCAGUGGAAGUUUGGGGGACUACUGCGAUCCUUAAGGUUACAAAAUCUAGCGAAGCUGACUCACUUUAACCGGGGUUGCAGGGGCAUGAUACUUUUCAGCGACCAGGUUGCGUUUCCAAACUUAGAGGAGUUGCAUUUGUCCGAAAUUAAUGUUAACAAGAUAUGGCAGGCUUCAAUUACACCUUCAUCUAUUGAAAACCUCACAAAAUUAAUCAUUCAAGGCUGCCAUAAUUUGGGAUACCUAUUCUCAUUCUCUAUGAUUCGUUGUUUGGUUAAGCUUGGACACCUUGAAAUAAAGGAAUGUAAAGGGAUGGGAGAGAUUAUUGUCAGAGACAAUGCGGAAGAACGAGAGAAAAUGGUUCUUCCGCAGCUGAAUUUCUUGUUGAUGAAAGACCUUCAAAGCCUUGUUAGAUUCUACUCUGGAAAUUGUGUUGUUGAAUUCCCAUCCCUGAAGCAAUUGGAUAUAAGGAACUGCCCAGAGUUCAAGGGAUUCACAGUUAAAUCUACAAGCACAGAUGCUGCAACAGACAUUGAGCCUCUCUUUAAUGAACAAGUUGCAUUUCUCAGCUUGGAAAGAUUAAGUAUCACCCACUUGAAAAACUUGACAACGAUAUGGCAGGACCAACUUCAUGUAGAUUCCUUUUGCAAAUUAAAGUCAUUGGAAGUCCGAUUCUGUGUGAAGCUAGUGACUGUUUUGCCAUCUAAUAAUAUGCUGGGAAAUUUAUGGACGUCGCUGGAGGAGUUAAUUAUAGAUGGUUGUAGUUCAUUAGAAGCAAUAUUUAAAAUUGGAGAGUUUAAUGCGACCAGAACACUUGUUGCUACAGACACCCAAUUGAGAGUAUUGCAUAUUGAGAAUCUACCAAGAUUGAAGCAUGUGUGGGAUAAGGAUCCCAAAAGAAUUCUUACUUUUCACAACUUGGAAUCAGUGUUCGUUGAUUCUUGUUGGAGUCUCUAUCAUCUGUUUCCAAGUUCAGUAGCCAAAUAUCUCUUACAACUUCAAAAACUAGUGAUCUCCCGUAGUGGGUUGAAGGAAAUUGUUGCAAUGGGAACAGGAACUGAAGCAGUUGUUAAGUUUGAGUUUCCUCAAGUAUCAAGCCUUGUUCUUUGGAACCUAACAAGUCUCCGAUAUUUCUAUCCAGAAAAACACAUAAUAGAGUGGCCAAUGUUAAAGAAGUUCUAUUAUUUUGAUUGCGGCCAAGUAGAGAAAAGAAAUGGACAGGAGCAGGACUAUGAGCUUGACUUCCCAGUUCAACAACCACUUUUGUGUAUGAAAAAGGUCAUACCUCAGUUGGAAGAACUGUCAUUAUCCGAACGUGACAUCUCAGGGUUAUGCGGUGAAUGCCAAUUCAAACAGAACCUCUUUUUCAACAUCAAACUUCUUUAUAUUCAAAACUAUUUUGAUGAUGAAUCAGAUGGUUUUCCCAUGCGCUUCCUCCAUAAGUUCUCCAAUUUGGAGAAGCUCGUUUUCACGGAUUGUCAUUUGACAGAGUUAUUCCCUUCGAAAGAUCAGGUUGAAGAACAAGAGAAACAUGGAGAGACACUCUCAAGGAUUAGGGAAUUGGAGCUGGAUGGUAUUGAUACUCUUAGGCAUAUAUCAACAUCAAAAAUCGCAUCUUUCCAGAAUCUCACCUAUUUGCGUGUACAAGAAUGUCACACUAGUCUGAUAACAUUGCUUUCAGUUUCUAUAGCCCGCAGUCUGGUACAACUAGAACGUAUGAUUGUAACUGAAUGCAACAGCCUGAGUAAAAUAGUUGGAAGCGAAGGAGAUGGAAUUGACGAUUCAAUCAUUAAUUUCAGCAAGUUAAGAUUUUUGGAACUUGAAUGUUUGCAAAGAUUAGAAAGAUUUUGUUUAGGGAAUUUCAACCUCAAGUUCCCAUCCUUAGAAAAGGUAAUUGUUCAUCAGUGCCCCAGAUUGAAGAUCUUCAGUGAGAGAGACCUUGACACGCCACUACUACGAAAGGUAGAAUUAGUUGAAGGAGAGGAUAAGGGGAUUUGGGCUGGCGACCUUAAUACCACCAUACAAAGAAUGUAUAAGGAAAAGGUUGGUUUAAAGAAUUUAACACUAUCAGACUUUCCUGAGUUAAUGGAAAUAUGGCACAUAAAGAGCCCUCAAGAGAUAAGUUUGGAUUGGAGACUGCUUCUAAAUCUGCAAAUUUAUGAUUGUAGCAACUUCACGUACCUAUUGACCCCCUCCAUGGUGCUUUGCCUCGUGCAACUCAGAACCAUACAAGUAAAAUGCUGUGCGAUGAUGGAACAAGUGAUAAUGGGUGAUGAAGAAAGUAAGAUGAUAUUUCCACAAUUACAGUUCAUUAUGCUACAAUCAUGCUCAAACUUGACAACUUUCUGUGGGGGAAGCUAUAAUAGUCUUGAAAUUCCAGCAUUAACGGACAUUAUAGUAGAAGACUGCCCAAAAAUGGUUACAUUUACUUCAACAUCCUUCAGAGAGCAUAGGAAAGAAGCAUCUCAGUACUAUUUUAGCAGCAAGGUUGAGUUUCCCAAUUUGAAGUCUUUGAAACUAUCUUCACUUAACAUUAAUCAAAUUUGGAACAAGAAUCAUGAAGAAAUCUCAUCUUUCAAAAAACUUCAACAUCUAGAAGUUUGUAAUUGUAGCAACUUGAGCUACCUUCUAACACCUUCGAUGGCAUUGGGCCUUGUGCAACUUAAGGACUUGGAGGUAAAAGAUUGUGCAACAAUGGAACAAGUGAUCAUGGCUGCAAGAGUUGAGGAGAAAAUUAUUGUAAAGAACUGUUUAAAGAGGGUUAGAUUCGCUUCCAAAUUUCUAAGUGAUAAAGAGAAAGAGAUAGCUGAAGGAAGAAAUGAGGAAGUGCAUGUCAAGGAAGAACCCGAUGUCUUCAUUGAGGCCUUUUUCUGUGAUGAGGUUGAGCUUCCUAUCUUGGAGACGUUGACUCUGUCCUCAAUCAAUGUAAAGCAAAUAUGGAACAGUCAACUUUCAUCAAUAUCUUCAUUUGUUCAACAUUUAACAAAGUUGAAUGUGGUCAAUUGUUCCAAUUUGAAGUAUAUGUUUACAUUCUCGAUGGUUAAAAGUUUUGUGCAACUUGAAGAACUCAGGAUUAGUGGAUGUGAGAUGGUGGAAGUGGUAAUAUUGAUAGAAGAGAUGGUAGAAGAAGAAAAGAUUUGCCAGACAGUGUUCCCCAAACUAUAUGCCUUAGUGCUUAAUGACCUACCCCAACUUGCAACAUUGUGCUCUAAUUGUGAUUCUCUAGGGAAAAUUUCUGACUCUGAAAGGGUCAAUUUUGGUAGUGGAUCACAAAAGCUGCUAGCCACGCAAUCAACUUUGGUUGAAACAGAAGCCACCAAGCUUUUAUUUUCUCAAGUGACACACCUGAUGCUUAGACUCUUACCAAAAUUCAAGGGUUUCUUCCCUCAAAUGCACAUCACAGAAUGGCCAUCAUUGAAAAGUUUAGUUGUGAUCGAAUGUCAUGGAGCACAAAUAGUUGCUUCAGAAUUUUCAAGCAUUGAGAUGACACGUAGAGACAGCCAACUUGAAAGGGAAUCUCAACAUCUCAUAUUUUGGAUUAGCAAGGCUACAUUUCCUAGUCUAGAACGCCUGGUUGUGAAAUGGAAUGACAAUAUAAAGAUACAGUGUGGACAUCAUCCAGAGGAGUAUUUUGGUAAACUAAAGGUUCUGCACCUCCUUGGCUUUCCUAAGCAAUCGGCUUUUCUUCUGCCUUUCUUCUUCCACUCCCUGCCCAAUCUCGAAGAGCUUCAUGUGAAGGAUGCUUUCUUCGAUGAAAUAUUACAAUGUGAAGAAGUUACUGGUGAGGAAAAACCUGUCUGUGGACGCACUCCAUUAAGCAAAUUAAGAUUGUCCAAACUUCAUGAGCUAACACAUAUUUGGAAGGAAGAAUCCCAACUUGAAGUAGACAUUCUCAGAAACCUAAAAACUCUAAAAGUGCAGGAAUGUAGCAGAUUGAAGAAUUUAGUUCCCUCCACUGUAUAUUUCGACAAUUUGCAGACUCUAGUAGUAUCUGAGUGUCAUGGACUUGUCAAUUUAGUGAGAUACUCAACAGCAAAAGGCUUGGGCCAACUCAGAAUAAUGAAAGUAGACAAUUGUGAGAUGAUAGAAGAAAUUAUCGUAUGUUUGGGUGAUGCUGUGAAGGAUGGCAUUGUUUUCACCAAAUUGAAUUGUUUGCAACUUAAAGGUCUACCAAGACUAGAAAGCUUCAGCUCAAGGGAUUGCAACUUUAAAUUCCCAGCUUUGACAGAGGUAAUUAUUACAGAGUGUCCAAAUAUGCAGAUUUUCUCUAAGGGAGAACUGAGCACACCAAGACUGUAUGAAGUGAAAUUGACAGGACAUAUAUAUGAAUAUAUGGAUGAAGAUAUAGAGGAAGAUAUAGAGAAAAAAGUAGAUGAUAUUUUUAAUAAAGAUGGAGGCGGCGUAAAAGUUGUUAGAGAUCGAGAUGAAAGAUGCUGGGUAGGGAACCUUAACAGCACUGUACAACAGUUGUUCAAGGAAAAGCAUGCUCAUAGUUCCAAAAAGAGCAACGGGGAAAAGAGUGAUCAUAGCGCUCAAGAGGAUGGUAAUUAAUGGCUAUGAACAAGAUUGGAAUUUUAGAAUACCUAAUUAAGAUUUGAAAAAGGCAUUAGUAGUUAUUCUAAAAAGGAUGAUAUUAAUGGUGCUGAAGAUGGAUGCAAUGGAUUCUAGGUGGGUGCUGAAGAUGGGUGCAAUGGAUUCUAGGUUUUAAUUGCACACUCACAAGAAGAUAGAUUUUUGGGCUACCAAGUUCUCACAUUGCUUUGGCACUGAAAAGAAUCUUUCAAUUUCUUAAAUUCGUGUGUUAUAUGAUUAUCAAAUAGUUAGUUCUAGAACCCACUAGAGAACAUUUCAUUUUAUUUUUCUUCUUGUGUUUGUUUUAUUGUGUGAAAGAGAGCAUUUGAAUAUGUUGUGUACCUUCAUUCAAAAAAGAGAUGAGAUUUGUGAAUUAAUGAUGUCAUCCAUC